CUAAGUAUAUGUUUUGCAUAUUAAUAUUAGACUCUGGUAUAUAUAUCAUGGCAGUUUCUUUAUGCAGUCUUUUUUAUUUCUCACAAAAUUAAGUGUUUCCUAAACAAAUGCUAAUGUGUGUAUAAUUAGGUCAAUUUAAAGGAUUAUUGUCAGUGAUAGUUGGAGCUUUACGUGCCUGUGUCUUCUAGAAGAUCUUAUUAAAGAGGCAGGGGGCCCUUUUGAGCACUUCACUACUCCUGGCAUAAACACAAUCAACUAUUCACCACUACCUUCAUCACUCCACAACGAUCUUCAUGGCAACCCCGGUGGGGGUAAAAAGGCACGGUGUCGCAUUCAAGUGGGGGCCAAAGUGACACGUGAAAUAAGAGAGCCCGUACCUUGAGAAUAAAGUUGGACCAUUCCCAUCUUCAGUCUGCUCGAAAUGACGAGUAUCAAUGUUCAAGGUAAUGCAAGGGGAGAAAGUUCCCGAGGAAAAGGUGUUGGAAGAGGUAUUCGGGCUAGAAGAUUUGUCCCAUACUCAUGUAGAGCCCGUCGACCCCGAGGAGUUCGUAUCAAUUCAUAACAUAGCUCAACUUUAGAUGCAGAUAAGUCAAGCUCGGAUGACUCAAUGCAGCCUCCUAGUCAUCCAUGGGAGCCUCCAUGUCCCAUUCCUCAGCCCCCACCCCAUGCCAAUAGAGAAUCCUCACCCGUAAGAGAACCUGAACCGAACAAAGAAGAUAUCGAUGCAGCUGCCGCCACAGUGCCUAUAGCUACCCAGGAACAACCCAAACGUAGGCGUGGGCCUGCUAAGUGCACCGAGUUUGAGAAGAUGAGAAAGUACGGAAAAGUGCCGUUGAAGAUUAAUGACGGCGAGUCGGCACUGUGUUGUCAGAACGCAUCCAUGUUCACGAUACGGGUAACGCAAAUAGUUAAACAGCACUGUGACAUGAGUUAUGCUAGAUGGACCGAUGUGUCACAGGCUCAAAAGGACGAGUUGAUUGAACGUGUUCGGGGUGACUUCGUGUUGGAUUGGGAUCUGGCAAAUCAAUAGAUUGAUAGUCUUAAAGUAGCUACGUAAGCGAUUCAAUGCAUUCCAUCACGAAUUACACAAAAAAUAUUUAUCAUACAAAAGUCACGAAGAAGCAUUGUCUUCUGGGAGUAGCAUGGUUGACCCCAUCGUUUGGGAUAAGCUGUGUGCGAGGUGGGGAAGCGAAGAGUUCAAGGUAUAUAUUGGUUAUUCAAAAUAAAAAAU